AUGGACAAGCACAGAUCGGUGCAAACCUCAGCCUCUUCCUGGACCGCUGAGGUGCCCAGUCCAGUCUCCGCCCUGCUAGGCUCCUGUGUGGUCAUCCCGUGCUCUUUCAACUACCCAGAACCAGAGAAGAAGUCCUCUGAAGUCACCGGGAUUUGGGCCCAAAAAAACUUUGAGAAGAUCUACCAUCCAGACAGGUGUACAGUGUUGCAGGACUACAAGGACCGCACACAAUUAGUUGGAGAUCUCCAAGUUAAAAACUGCUCUCUAAGGAUUGAUCCGCUUCAUCAAAGUGACACAGGACCCUUUCAUUUUAGGAUUGAGGUAAAAGACAGCUUCAAGUAUUCUUAUGUGGACAACACAGUUUCUAUUGAUAUAAAAGUGUUGCCAGAGCCCCCCAUUCUGUCAGUGAGUGAAGAAGUGAGGGUAGGUGAGCUGUUCACUGCUUCCUGCUCUGUGUCUCACUCCUGCCCCACUGACCCCCCUGUCCUGACCUGGAGCCACUCAGCAACACCCACUGUCCAAUCACAGCAGCUGCCCAAGGGCCAGUGGGAAGUGACAUCAUCCUUGACCUUUGCCCCCACCAUUGCUGACCACAAGAAGUCUCUCAGGUGCACAGCAGCCUACAGGGGAGGGAAAAAAGCAGAGAGCUCCCGGACUCUAAAUGUCAAAUACGCCCCACUGGAUGUGAGGGUGGAGAGGGAGUCCACAUUGCAGGAGGGAGACUCUGUUGAGCUGAGGUGUUCCAGUGAUGGUAACCCAGCGGCCCACAGCUACCAGUGGCACAGCCCCAGUGGGGCUCUGCUGUCCCAGGGACAGACCUACAGGCUGGAGAGGGUGUCCAGACACACUGGUGCCCUCUACUGCACCGCCAUCAACACAGAGGGACAAGGACGCUCCAGUCAAGUGCAACUCGACGUUAUCUAUCCUCCUGAGAUUAAAGUAGGCUCUGCCUGCUUCUCUAACAUCUCCACGGUAACCUGCCUGUGCAUCGUGGAAUCUGUCCCCCUUAGUGAUGUCCGGUGGUCUCUCCCAGAUGGAGUUCUGUCAAGCACCAAGGUAGACAGGCACCAAUCAGUGAUCAUCGCCACCCUGAAAGGAAGUCUUGGCUUUGCAGACUACACCCUCUGCCAUGCCAACAACAGCGAGGGAAACACCACCCAGGCCUUCAAGUUGCCCAAAAAAGAUACAACACGGACGGUGCACGUUUCUAAAGCGUUUCUGUUUUUGGUGCCGGUGUUAUUCAUGUCAGCAUGGAGGUUAACCAGGAAGUGUCGGAAGAGCCAUGAUGGAUGCAUGCAACCACAGCAUGCAACCACAACACGGGACAUUGCUAUGGUUACGGCCAAAGCCACAGUCUCAGACGACUCCGCAGCAACACAAGAAAACAUCAACAAUGGAGUCCCCGGCAACCAAUGUUUACGGCAAAAUGGAGCGGUGCAAACCUCAGCCUCUUCCUGGACCGCUGAGGUGCCCAGUCAAGUCUCUGCCCUGCUGGGCUCCUGUGUGGUGGUUCCCUGCUCUUUCAACUACCCAGAACCAGAGAAGAAGUCCUCUGAAGUCACCGGGAUUUGGGCCAAAGAAACCCACGAGGAGAUCUACCAUCCAGACAGGUCUUCAGUGUUGCAGGAUUUCAAGGAACGCACAAAAUUAGUUGGAGAUCUCCAAGUCAAGAACUGCUCUCUGAGGAUUGAUCCCCUUCAUCAAAGUGACACGGGACCCUUUCAUUUUAGGGUUGAAAUAAAAGACUACGAAAAGUAUUCUUAUGUGGACAACAGAGUUUCUAUUGAUAUCAAAGGGUUGCCAGAGCCCCCCACUCUGUCAGUGAGUGAAGAAGUGAGGGUAGGUGAGCUGUUCACUGCUUCCUGCUCUGUGUCUCACUCCUGCCCCACUGACCCCCCUGUCCUGACCUGGAGCCACUUAGCAACACCCACUGUCCAAUCACAGCAGCUGCCCAAGGGCCAGUGGGAAGUGACAUCAUCCUUGACCUUUGCCACCACCGUUGCCGACCACAACAAGUCUCUCAGUUGCACAGCAGCCUACAGGGGAGGGAAAAAAUCAGAGAGCUCCCAGACUCUAAAUGUCAAAUACGCCCCACUGGAUGUGAGGGUGGAGAGGGAGUCCACAUUGCAGGAGGGAGACUCUGUUGAGCUGAGGUGUUCCAGUGAUGGUAACCCAGCGGCCCACAGCUACCAGUGGCAUAGCCCCAGUGGGGCUCUGCUGUCCCGGGGACAAACCUACAGGCUGGAGAGGGUGUCCAGACACACUGGUGCCCUCUACUGCACCGCCAUCAACACAGAGGGCCAAGGACGCUCCAGUCAAGUGAAGCUCAACGUGAUCUAUCCUCCUGAAAUUAAAGUAGGCUCUGCCUGCUUCUCUAACAUCUCCACGGUAACCUGCCUGUGCAUCGUGGAAUCUGUCCCCCUUAGUGAUGUCCAGUGGUCUCUCCCAGAUGGAGUUCUGUCAAGCACCAAGGUAGACAGGCACCGAUCAGUGAUCAUCGCCACCCUGCAAGGCAGUCUUGGCUUUGCAGACUACACCCUCUGCCAUGCCAACAACAGUGAGGGAAACACCACCCAGGCCUUCAAGUUGCCCAAAAAAGAUAUGACAUGGACGGUGCACGUUUUUAUAGCCGUAUCAGCGUUUUUGGUGCCGGUGUUAUUCAUGUCAGCAUGGAGGUUAACCAGGAAGUGUCGGCAGAGCCAUGAUGGUCAACAUGCAACCACAAGACAGUACAUUGCUAUGGUAACGGCCAAAGCCACAGUCUCAGACGACUCCGCAGCAACACAAGAUGUGAAAGACAUAAACUAUGAAGUUCCAAGCAAUCAAUAUGUUUCCGGCAAUAUGGAGGCCGACGGCAGGUGUGACUCGUAUGAAAGUGUGAUGGGUGAAGAUAUCUAUGCUAACGUGUGACAACAGCAGGAAACAUGUUCUCCUGUGAGGACCCUAUUUGUUUCACUCCUGCCCUUCAACACUGAUUCUAUGCACAUGCUACACUGUACUGUAAACCCAAUAAAUUCUGAAUUUCGUAGAACCAUAUUAUAUCAAAGUCAUCUAAGUCAUCUAAGCAAUUAAUUUAGUCAAUUAAUCUUUUUUUGUAUUAAAUAAUUUUCAGUUACCCUUUAUUUUGGUUUACUGUGUAGUUAGCUUAACUUAAAGCACUAGUGUAAUGCUUACAUUGUUUAUUAUUACAUUUAGCCAUGUCAUGGUAUUCUAAUAAUCUACAUUUGCAUAAACAUUGUCUGGUUCAGGAUGAUUGAUGAAAUCAUAAUGAGCCUGAUAUAAAGAAAAAUGAAAACGUAUGUAAAUCGAAAAUUCUGACAUGCUUGUGUUUACUUUCUACAUGA